UUAAAAAUAACAAUUAAAAUGUUUCCGAAACUGUUUUACGUGUCGCUCGUGAUAUUUUUGGCUUAUUAUACGAAAAUCACAUCAUCGGAAUGUGUUGGACAAUUUUACGCCCAUCCGAGGGAGUGCUCUCUUUACUAUCAAUGUUCAAAGGGUUCUCUGAUCGAAAUGACUUGCCCGGAUGGAUUGCACUUCCUACCGACUUAUGAAAUUUGCGGUUACCCUGACGGAUCUUGUGAUAAUACGCCAUCAGACGCUACAGAAAAAUCUGAAGAGUCUCUUAUCAGUCGAAUUGAAAAACUAGAAGCGAAAUCAAUAAUGUUGGAGGCCAUUUCGAAUGAACUUGACAAUCGGUCAGCAAUACUAGAACAAAAAUCAAUAGAAUUGGAGGAUAGAUCAAAUCAACUAGAUGUUCGUUCAACACUAAUUGAGGAAAGGACAGAAGCACUAGAAAUAAGAUCAAUGGAGUUGGAAGCUAAGUCGAUUCGAUUAGAAAACAUGUCAUCAAAUUUGCAAUUGGAAUUAGACUUUUUAUCCACCAUUUUAGUUGCAUGGGCAAUGGAGCAAGAAAAAAGGACAACGUCACUUGAAACACAAGCGACUAAGUUGAAUACCACAAUGACUCAAUCGAACACUCGUACGACACAGUUGGAAGGCCAAACGAACGAAAUCGCUGCAACGCUAACAUCCACAGUUAAUUCGCUCAAUGAUUUCAAGAAAGUGGCUAUCACAAACAUUCGUUUGGGCCCACUGGAGCGAGCGAUUGCAUGGAAUGACUUCGGCUUCCAAGAUGGUCUAGAUGGAAUAACGUCUGUCGUAAUAACAAGUGUGAUUAACUACAAUGAAGAUGCAUACAUAGAUUACGUGGAACGUAGGAGGAUUGAGAAAUUUGUUAAUGGGCAGUGGACGGGACUGGUAUAAGAAGAACAGAUGAAUCGAUCAGGGACCGUGUUUGUAAGCUAAAAAAUUAAUUCAUAUAAACUAUUUAUAUGAACAUAAUAUUUCAUGCGCAAAAAGUUAAAAGCAAGUCAACGUGUUAUCGCUAAUUCGGCUUAAAUGUCUAAGAUUUCAAUAAAAGAGUUGUUUGUGGUUUUGA